CCCCUUGCGCGCCGAUUCCCCUCGAGUCCCUCCAGCGGCUGUUUGUAUUGACUGAGAGAUAGAACCUUCAUCAGAGCAACAGGUGCGGAGGAACAACAGCGUCCCUUCUGUUCGAUUCUACACAAUCAAUACUCCAAGAUGGAACAAACCACGACAUCAGAUCCUGUGCGGUCUGGAGGAGAACAACAGGUGACGCCAUCAACCCCUCCCACCGUCGCUGGGCUGGACGCGGCGGAAUACGCCAGCGAUCCGGAAAGCGCUGGGGUGGGCGGCCGAAGAGUCCGGCGACUCGGUCUGCCAGGGAAGAUGCGCGUUGGGAAGCGGGGGCGGGGAACCACAGCAGCGUCAACUACAUCAGCGUCAACUACGGCGGGCGUGGUCGGGCAUAUCGACGAUACUGCUGCACCAGAUAGUGGUGUCGGUGCAGCGACGGCAGCAGCGGCAGCGGCAGCAACAGCAGCGGGUCCGGAUGGAAGAGGCGUAGGGGGAGCGAGACGGCCAUCGGCCGGAAGCAGAUUAGGGGCGAUGCUCAGGAGGGGUGCGCCCAGCUUGAACCACCUCCGCAGGAACGGUUCGAAAGCGAGCUCUCUUUCUUCGCCCCCGGCGGAAGAAAUCGGAGACCUUGCCAUACCGGCGCUUGGAAUAUCCCCCCACGGGGAGCUGGACGACCCCCCCGAACGCCACUCCAGUCACGACGGCGACCGCAGGAGGGGGGCUGCGGUUGCCCCCGAAGUCAGCACAGUGUCGUCGUUAGAGCCUAGCUUCAACACUUCUGGUCGACGUCGAUUUCAUCGGAGUAAGGGCGCGCCCGGCGUAGUCAACCGAGUCGUGUCCCAUCGGGAUGCCCGCGCGGGGAGCGACAUCGGCCCCCGCGGCGGCGGCGGCGGCGGUGGUGGUGGUAUCGCGAACGAUCAGCAGAGAUACCUGGGUGCGUCUCCUGCGGAAGACGCGCUCGAGUACAGCGACGGAGGGCGACACGGUGGCGGCGGAGGAGGAGGCGUGUUCACCGCGGCGAGGUCCAACGCCAGGGUGCCCUCGUUGCUCGCCCGAAAGAGCAGCAGCAAGACUUUGGCGGCGUCGGCGCAGAGGCGUGGCGACUGCGACGAGCAGGUGGCGUUUUGGUCGGGCUCCGACCUCGACAGCAGCGGCGGCAACAACCGGGGACGGCGGCCACCACCGGCGGCGGCGGCGGCGGCGGCGUCGUCGCGGCCUGACAACGCCGCUGCUUUGAGGCGCGAUCGCUCGGCCCCGCCUUGCGGCCGCAGCGCGGCCGAGGUCGCCGGGGAACGGCGUGGUAUUCAGCAGAGCAUGAGUGGGGCAUGCCGCACGCUAGACGGUUCUGCGAGGCCAAGGAACGGUCCUCCCGGGCGGUGGAAGCGCAACGGCGAUGCCCGAGGUCGCGCCGCGGACGGGUACAAGUCCGCCCCCGAUGACUUGCACCGGGAGAGCGGGCGUGUCGGCGCCGCCGCCGCCGCCACCGCUGGCGGUGGCGGCGUGCCCGUGCCGGACGACGAGUGCAUCGCGAUCGCGGAAGCGGCCUUGUUCUCGGCCAUGGGCACCACCAGCGAAGCAGAGGUUGGUGCCGGCGGCGGAGGUGCCGGGCGGGGCGUUGGUAGCAGCAGCCAGGGGCAAGGGUCGAUGGCGUCCAGCGACGAAGACGACGACGAAGAGGAAGAAGUGGACGACCCGCUCUCGUCACGCGGCACCACCACCGCCGACGCCGCCACGGUGGAAGGCUCGGCGACGGCGUCCGCUGCAGCGGGGGGCGGCAAGGCAGCUACCGUCCGCAAGCGCCGGAGAAUCUCGGAGCUGCUGGGGUUCCGCCGACGGACUACCAGCGGCGUCAACGCCUCUUCCUCCCUCUCCUCGUCGUUAUCGGAAGCCCCAGGGGUUAGCGCUUCUGGCGCCCCGGACGACGGCGCCGGCGCCGGCGAUGGCGGCAGCGUCCCCCGCAACGGCGAGACAACGGAAGCGUCCAACUCCACGAGCGCUCUCGACCGCGCUGACAGCGGUAGCUACGGGGAGGCGGAGGACGUGCCCGCGAGUGCGGGGACCGGGAAGCCCGCCGGCGGUGGGCGGAAGGGGGCCGGCGGAAGGAGGCGGCUGCUGCCGGGGGGGUCGGCCGCGGUGGCAACGGCGGCGGCAGCAAGCUCUGGCUCGGCCCGCGGGCUGAGCGCGAGCCCCCUGAAGCACCGGAGGCAUCGGCACCGGGAUUCGCUCCUCGAGGCCGGGAAGGACAAGCUCCGGCGGGGCAGGAGCAAGCUCAGCCGCGGGUCCUUCGGCGGCCGGUCGUCGUCGUCCUCGCAGCGGCCGCUUCGUGCACCCUCGCCGGUGGCGGACACGGCGUCCACGGAGGGUUCUUCCAAGGGACGGAAGCCCGUCACCGAGGGGAUGGACGGGGGCGCCGCAAAGAGGGGGCCGGUGGAGCCAGCAGAGCGAGGGCUGCCGGCAAAACCCCAGCUAGGAACGACGUACGCGAAACGGCCCAACUCGUCGCCGCUCGAUCCCGGGGCACCGGAACCGUGGAACUCUUGGGCGGUUGGGAGCGGGUCGCAGUUCAACGUCAGGACCAAAGGAUACGGCCGCACAAAGAUCAAGGCUCCCUCCGCGCCGGAGCUGUACCAGCUCAUCAGCAUCGACGCCUACCGGAGCCCCGCUGGGAGGAUCUGCGGGGUAUACCCCCUGUUCACCCCGCCCGCUUGCCCAACUGCGGCGACUCCCGCGGGUGACGGUUCAGCUACUGACUCUGUGGAGGCGGCCCGUCGGACCGGAACGGGAGACGAAGACCCCCCGCUCUCCCAGGGCCCCGGCGGCGCUGGUGGCGGUAGCAGCAGCAGCUGUUGCAGCGGCACCGGCGACGAUACCGGACACCCGGACAUUCCCCCGGUGCUGGUGGUGAACUUCCAGCUCCCGGACCUCCCGACCCCGUUCACUGUGCAGGGUGACGGUCCGACCUUGCACAUCAUCCUCACCUUCCACGCCACCCGCCGGCUGUGCCGCUACGCCGCGCGGGUGUGGGCCGAAGAGCGCGCCGCCGCCGCAGCCGCCGCUGGAACGGGGGGCGGGGAGGAGGGACAAGCGGGCUCCCCUGGGGCGACGCCAGCUGCUGCUUCUGAAACGGCAGCGGUUGAACCGAUGGCAUCGGGGGCGCCUUCGGGAGAUGCCGCUACCGGCGGGGGCGAUGCUACCGCGAAUGGUGGUCCAGUACCUCCUGCACGAAGCAACCACGGGGCCCCGCCGGCGGAGAGAGGAGGAGCUGGACUGGGGGAGGGUGACGCUGAGGGCGUUCCCGAGUCGGUGCGGCUGCUGGUGGAGUGGAUGCGGCGCGCUCAGGACGACGGAAACUUCCGAGGGAGGUUCAAGGCUAUUGGGGAUAUCGUCAAUAUGGACGAGGUCGGUCUCCCGGGCAUCGCGAGGCGAUUCAGCGGGAAGCCGAUCCUUCUCUACGGCAAGGAAUCGAGCAUGGUCAAGGGAUCGGGUUACGUAGAGCUCGACCUCAACGCUCACGCCUUCUCAUACAUAGGCCGCAAGGGCCUGUACGUUACUCUGGAGAAGUGGAAGAGGGCGGUAUUCCGCAUCGGAUUCCUUCUGGAAGGGAGGACGGAUGAGGAGCAGCCGGAACACAUCUUGGGCUGUGGCGUUUUCCAUGGGCUCGACCUAGACGUCCUCAGCGAGCUGUCCCUGUCUGCGGACGGAGAACGCCUCAUCGUGACGCACACCGCGGACCAAGAAAACGCCGCUGCCGUGAGCGACAUCUCCGAGAGCGGGUCCGGCAGCAUCGCCGCAAAUAGCAGCGCGGCACCGUACAGGCGUGCCCGUGGGUCCGCCGUCGAUUCGAGCUAUGCAUCGGGCGGUCGAAGCAAGACACGCCGAUAUGGUGAUGCAACUCCACCGUCGUCGUCGUCGUCGUCGUCGUCGUCCAGUGCCGUGGUGCCUUUGGUCCCGAAGCGGCACAUGGGUUUCCUCUUGCGCUGUCACAAUCGAGAAAAGUCCUCCAGCGGAGGUGGCGGCGGCGGUGUCUCGUUUGCUGUCAACCCGGAUAAGGCAGUUUUCGGCAACGGGAUCGUGGGAUUCGACACACACGACGAAGACGACCAAGAUAGCGAUGUUUCAGUGGCGGCGGUGGCGGCUGCUGCGUUCGCGGGGGGCUGGUUCUGCGCGCUGUUGGCGAUGAUCACGAUUGCCUGCUGGUCGGAACUGUCGGUGGUAGCGCAAGGAGGGGCAGACGGGGGGGAGGGGCCGUGGCGAACAAGCUUCAGCGCUUGGCUAGUGGGUGUGUUUGUCGAGCCUUGAGUAAGCGCUACGAGCUUUGCGUGGAAGGCGGGUUUCCGGAUUGCAAGUUUUGUGCGCUUCCCAUGAUGUUGACUACUACGCACAGGCCUUUGAUUGGUUCAUUAAUUUUGUAGGUUUUUCAUUCCUGUGGCCUAGCUACACCCGAGCUGCGAACUAGCAUCGUUUGCGGUAGAUCCAACUGAAAAUCGUCCGCAUGGUGUUGCAGGCAAAGACCACCGCGCGGCGAUACAUGGUGAAAUGCGCCGCCACCCCAGCCUGUGUUGGUACGAGCGUGUGAUGGUGUUUGUUGUAUCCUCUCCAAAAUGUUGCUGCUUACUAUGCACCCAUCCCCACGAGCGUGGUGCACGAACGGUUCGUCCACAUUGCGAUGCG